AUGCAGAUGUACUUUUGGAUGAAUUCAAGCAAUAGGGCACCUCUCUCUCUCUCUCUCUCUCUCUCUCUCUCGCUCACACCACACUCUCACCUUUCUUACACUUUUUUUUAUUCACUCCCUCUCAAUUUUUGUCUGUCUCUCUCUCUCUCUCUUUCUCUCUCUCUCUCUCUCUCUCUCUCUCUCUCAGAUUAUGGAUGCCUCACACCACACUCUCACCUUUCUUACACUUUUUUCAUUCACUCCCUCUCACUUUUUGUCUGUGACUCUCAUAUAAGUUUAUUUAUUCUUUAUCUUUUUUUGUUCAUUCUUCCAAUAGAAUUGAUUAUUUAUUUAGUUUUAAUAAUUUCAUACAUUCCCGAUCAUAUUCUUUCUUUUUGUCUCCUUUUCAUACUUUCUUUUUCUUGUUUUGAUUCUUUCUUCCAAUUCUUUUCUUUUUUUUCUUCAACUAACGUUUCUGUCUUUCUUCAAAUAGAUUAUGUUAUUUCUUUCUUUCUUUCUUUCUUUCUUCAAACAGCGUUAUCAUUACUUUCUUGCUUGUUUGUUUUAUUUAUUCAAAUAGCGCUUAUAAUUUCUUCUUUCUUUCUUUCUUUCUUUCUACCUUCUUUCAAAUAG